ACAUUAUCUAAAUGCAAAAACUAGAUAGUACUUUUCCCCAUUUAAAAUUACAAUUAUUCAAUUAACUAAAUUUAAAAUUAAGUUUAUUCCAUGUUAAUCUCCAUCGUACCACCCAAAACUUCUCAUUUCUCAAUUUCCUCUCUUUUUUCUGCUCCUACUUUCUACCAGAUUCACCGACCAACCCCGUUUCUGGUUGCCGGAAAAUCUAGAUCUUCUCGGCGGAAACCUCGCCGGAAACGCCUUGAAGCUGACAUGUCAGUCUCCAUUCCGGUGCCGCCGGUCACCACCCACCGCCGCGAUAAGGAUGACGACCCAUUUUCUGCUUCCGCAAAUGAUUCAAGAGAAGGAGAUUUGUUAACAGCCGAGGCAGAGAAUGAGGCGUCUUCAAGUAAAUUAUUAGGCAAGCGCAAAAUCAAAUCUAAGAGCUGGUUUAGCUGUUUUGGUGUGGACAUGUCACCAGAUACAAUUGCUGUUGCCAUGGUUUACUUUGUCCAAGGUGUUUUAGGCCUCUCACGGCUUGCUGUCAGUUUUUAUCUGAAAGAUGAUUUGCAUCUAGAUCCUGCAGAGACAGCUGUCAUAUCUGGGUUCUCUUCAUUCCCUUGGCUUGUUAAGCCUCUUUACGGAUUUAUAAGUGAUUCAAUACCUCUUUUUGGAUAUCGAAGAAGAUCAUAUUUGGUACUUUCUGGCCUUCUUGGUGCAUUUUCCUGGACUUUGAUGGCCACUAUGGUUGAUAGCAAAUACAGUGCUGCUUGUUGCAUACUUCUUGGAUCUCUAUCAGUCGCCUUUUCUGAUGUUGUUGUAGAUUCCAUGGUUGUUGAGAGAGCUCGUGGUGAGUCACAAAGUAUCUCAGGUUCUCUGCAGUCAUUGUGUUGGGGAUCUUCAGCAUUUGGGGGAAUUGUGAGUGCCUAUUUUAGUGGCUCUUUGGUGGAUGCUUAUGGUGUGAGAUUUGUUUUUGGCGUCACUGCAUUGCUUCCUCUAAUCACUUCUGCAGUUGCUGUUCUGGUUAGAGAACAGCAGGUACUUGGGCCAGUGUGGGAUUAUAGUCGUAGUGCUGGAGUACCCAGUUUAAGAGAAAGCUUUCACCUGAGUGUUGUCCAGUUGUGGGAUGCUGUCAAGCAACCAAGAGUGUAUUAUCCUACCUUAUUUGUAUUUCUUUGGCAGGCAACACCUCAGUCGGAUUCUGCUAUGUUCUACUUCACAACAAAUAAACUUGGUUUUACCCCUGAAUUUCUUGGGCGGGUGAAGCUUGUAACGUCUGUUGCAUCGCUGCUUGGUGUUGGACUCUAUAAUGGUUUUUUGAAGAAAGUUAAAUUGAGGAGUAUAUUUUUGGCAACAACUAUUGCUGGAACUGCUCUAGGAAUGACACAGGUUUUCCUUGUAACUGGACUGAAUCGCCAGUUAGGUAUCAGUGACGAGUGGUUUGCUGUGGGAGAUUCCCUAAUCCUCACUGUUCUUUCUCAGAUUUCAUUUAUGCCUAUCCUUGUCUUAGCCGCAAAAUUAUGUCCGGAAGGAGUUGAAGCUACUCUGUUUGCAACAUUGAUGUCUAUAUCAAAUGCUGGAAGUGUCUUAGGUGGCUUGAUUGGUGCUGGAUUGACCCAGGUCUUUGGUGUCACUAAGGACAGAUUUGAUCAUUUGGCUGCCCUCAUUAUCCUAUGCAACCUUAGCUCAUUGUUGCCCUUACCACUUCUCAGCUUUCUUCCUGCCGAUGAUUUUGAUGAGAAAACUAAUGAUGAGAGCGACAUUGAAAUGAAAUCGAAUUGAACCCUUAAUUAAUAUAUUGUAUUCAAGUAGCAAUCGCAUGCAGAAGUCGUUUGUUACUCACUGAGCCUUAGGCAAUAGUGUUUAGCUGCUAUAUGUUGUGUGACACGAGUUGCACUUCGCCAAGCAGCUGUUGCUUCUUUUCCCAAGUAGCCGUUGCUUCCUGCAGAUGACGGAAUCAUCUCUCCUGCGAUGGUCUAACACCUCAGGAUUCACCGAAAGAAUUCACACAGAUAAUUGUGAUGUGUAGAAUAUUUCAGUUGACAUUAGGAUUCUUAAUAUAGUUCUUCGGAUACAAUUAUCUGUAUAAAACAACCGAGACUCUUGAUUAAGUUGCUCAAGAUCUCUUUGAAGCUAUAAGCAUAUACUAAUGGCAGAUGAUAUUGUCCCUUUAUUAUAAUGGGACCUUUCUACACACGGAGAACUGUUUAGGAAAAACAUAAAUAUUGUGAAUUUGCAAUUAUAAUUCAAGGAUAAAAAUUCCUUAUA